CAGAGCUAAUUAUGCUCUAAAUCACGUGAGUGAUAAGUACAAUAAGAAUAUCCAAUUAUUACACUAUAUAUGGGUGUGUAUCUUUGUAAAUAUGUAGUAUACAGUCUGCCAAAUACAUCCGUCUGAUCUAGUUAUUUUUCUCAAUUCAGUAAUCUGCUUUGUGCACUGCAUUCAAGACUUACAUCAAUUAUUGUGCAAGAAUAAAGCCCGUUUGCUUUGCCACAAGAAUGUCUGCUUACAUAACACUCUUGCAUUGUAUCACAGCUGCCUGCUCUGCAAAGACCACAAUCUACAAUCAGGGAUCACUUAGUGCAAUGUAUUUACAAUUACAAUUAUUUGUAAAGCACCCACAUAUUCCGCAGAGCAAUAGACAAACAAAGUAGACCUUAAAUUAAAAAAAACAUGAUUAACAUUCUGGAGCAGUGGGAGAAGAUGGCAAUGCCCAAAUAAGCUGGUAUAUUUGAUAACGGCUAUGUAAAUCAUAUAUAUAUCUGUCUUUGCAUGCAGGGAUCCUGCCGCAAUGUGUUGCUUACUCUUUGACCCAUGACAAGUUAAAACAAGUGUGUUUGUUGAUGUAUACACAGGAAAACCCACAUAGCACCCACAGUCUCUGCAGCUGUGGGCAGGAAGUGAUUGUAUUAGAGAAACCUGCAAACUUCAGUCAGAAAUAGAGAGACAACUAAAAACGAGGCAGCGAGCAAGAGAGAGAUGGAAAACAGCCCGAGAGAAAGGGAUAGGAAGAAGGAAACAAACUGAGAUGGUGAGGACAGUGUGAGACAGGUAUAGGAGAGAGACAGUCUGUAAGGGGUAAGGAGUGACAGACAGGCUGAGGGAAAGUGAGUGCGUGAAAGAAAAAACAGUGAGAGUGACAUGAAGAAGAAAACUGGUGGAAGAGAGUAUGAGGCAGGAAGGAAGGAUUAGAGAGGGGUGAAUGAGAAUACAGUAAGAAAAUAAUAAAACAGGACUCAGAGAACAGUAGAGAGAGUGAAAGCUCGAGAAGUGGAAACAGGGAGUGUUAGCCUGAGAAGGUUAGAGAAAGACAGCCUAAGAGUAAGAACCAGAAUGGAAGACUGUCACAAAUAAGAUGAAAAAAGCCUUGAAGUGACACAUAGACAGUCAGACGGUAUGGACUGGGAGAGGGAAUGUAACAAACUUUAGAGACAUAUUGAAGGUGGUAGAUAAAAAAAAGAGAGGACGAGGUAUCUGGAGGGACAGAUGACAAGCAGGUAAGGAGGCUACGGAACAGAGAGUGAGAUAGAUAACAUUCAUGGGAGGAAGAAAGCAAAGAGAAGAGACUAUAAGAUAGAGGAAGAGAGGAAGAAAAGAGGAAGAGACAGUGAGCGGAAGCAGAGGCGGUGAGGGGAAGUGACAGCUUAGACACAAAGAGAGAGACUGCUCCCGUCCAGACGUAUAGUAAGUGAGGUGAGAAAAGAGCACCUGUACGGAGCAGUCCACUGACAGAGGGAGACUGCUGCCUGUCAUCAAGAGACACAGUGACUGUCAGUCACUGACACACAGCUAUCUGCCCCGCAGGAGCCUGGCCAGCACUGUAAAGGGAUCACUGGCCACAGAAUAACAUCUUUAUUAGGUGAGUAACGAGGACCUCUCCCGGCCAUGUGUACUGCUAUGUGUCUCCGUGACAUUUACAGCUAUCUGCCACUACAACAUAUACAGCUAUCUAGCUUCAUAAGAAAUACUGUGAUAGUGACCUCCACAGCUAUCUGUCACUGUAACAUACACAGAUAUCUGUCAGCACUGCCGAAUAUGUUGGCGCUAUAUAAAUCAUUGUAAUUCUAACGUACACAGUUAUUGACCAUCAUGAUUGACCGUUUUCUUUCCAGGUGACACACGCAGCUGUCAUUGACGCACACACUGUUAUCUGCUGUAGUUUUGUACCUCUGUGACAUUGAUACACAUUGUCUAUUUAUAACUAUAAUGUACAGCUUUCAGUUCUUGUUAUAUGACACAUAUAGAAAUUUGUAAGUGUGACUCACAGUUAAAGUAAGUAGAUAUUUUUGUGAUACCCACAGUUCCUACUGUCCCCCACUGCUUGGGCCUUUGAAUGUUUGCCCACCAUUAUCUGUCUUUUGAUAUAUAUGUGAAUGGCGCACUGUCUGAUCGUUAAUGAACUAUAUAUAGUCAAAGGCCCUGCUUGAUCACAGGUUGUGAUAUCCGGUAACUCUGGUAUAUAGAUUUUCCUUUGCUCAGGGAUGGCGUGACUAAAUUCAUUACAUAAAUUUUUUUCUUAUAAUGUCUUAUCCAAGAGUUAAUGUGUGUGUGUGUGUUUUAAUUUGUGUAGGUUUUAAUGAUUUUUUUUGUGUAACGGUUACCUCACUUACAGGUAACUCAGGUUGUGUUUGGAUUAGAGGAAGGGGUUCUCACUUGAUAUUGUUCUGCGAGGGCCCCCUACCAUCUGGGACCCAUUCCUCAGUUAAACCAUUAACCUUCCUCUGUAAUCAGGACGGGGGGAAACCCUACCAACCACACCCCUCUCUUUACUUCCUUCAUACUGGUACAACAAAGGCCUUAUCUUUGCAGAAAAUUCUUAUGUAUUUCUUCAUAAAUUUAACAACUUGACAGGAAUGAGCAGAUUUCCGCACCCAGUGGAAGUCGGACACAGUAGAUAUUUUGGUUGGAACAGAGUUGCCUGUUGAAAGCUGUACCUCAUAGCAUUGACCCCGAAUAUGCCUAAUUCUUCCUAAAGAAAACAUCGUCUGGAGGUACCUAACGAGAAAGUAAUAAAACGGCAUUUACCAUAUCCUCAAACCUGUCAAAAUAGCAUAGGGGGGCUGUGAAUUCAGCAAAUAUUCUGCAGGAGAUCUUCAUGACAUCCAGAAAGAAAUUAAAUCUAAGUUGGUAUUUUUUUGUCAUUGUAGUUAAAGGGAUAUAACUUUCCAUAACACAUAUUUUAGCUGUGUUUAAAUAUUCAGUAUUAACAACCAGGGGAAUCUCUGCUCUAAAAUGAUUGGCUUUCAUUUUGUUGGGCAGUACGUUGAAAGAAAAUGUCCCCCAAAAACACAACACAUUAUGCAUUCUAUCUUCUAAGAAAUGAAUAAAAAAAAUGUCUGUUUCCCACUGUUUCCCCUUUUAGAUUGGCUGUGGAAUGGAAAGUGUUAAAAUUUGCAAAGCAGUCAGUGACCACCAGAAUUCUCACACAGCGGAGUGGACAUGCUGGUUAUUUCAAUGGUUCAGUAAAUCCGAUCUAAGCGGGGAAGUGGUGUUAAAUUUACACUCAGGCAUCCAGCACUUGGUGUGAUUUUAGCAAAUACAUCUUACUGUCUGGUUUCUCAGCUUAGAACACAGUAUAAAGUCAAUAUGAAUUAAAACAUACUUAAAGCAGAGUCUGGAGAGGUGGAAGGGUCACUUAUUUAUAUAAUUAUAUAAAUCACUCAAAUCAUCAUUAUUACUGGGAUAAAAUUCUAUAUAAACUGGAAUGGUAGGAUAAGAUGUCAUACGAUGUUGUAAGAUAAGAUAAGAUAAUAUAAGAUAUAUUAUCACAUGUUGCUGAAACUUUGGGCUUAAUCUAUUCAAACGAUCCAUUAAACGAUGCAAAAAGUGGUAUAUGAAUACAUAUGCAAUUCAAUGUAUACAUGCACUUGUAUAAAGAAAUACACUAAUAUUCGUCUAUUUUAAAAUUGUGAUUGUCAGGUUCUGACCUUCCGUCUGAGGGGGAAAAAAGAAAAAGACGCAUAGACAAACAAGCAGAAAGAAGAAGCGAGACCGGGAGAACGAGAAAUAGAUAUAUAUGUAGAGAAGAGGGAAAAGGAGCGAAAAGGUGCGUUUUAAUGAUGAGUGCGCAAGGAGAGUCAUCAGUGACAUUUCUAGAAAAUCAGACGACGUCAGAAAGAGGAGAAGGUGACCCUUCUACCGAGGUGAGUACAAGGAGACCACUUUAUUAUACAUGAUAAUAAUAAUAAUGCCAAAGCACCGGAUACAGUAUGUAAAGGGAAUAAACGUUAGUUUGAUGGGUAGAAAGACAAUGAUACAAUAGGUUGUAUGCAGCUAACAACCUACAAGAGGUAGAUUUUCAAAUGUUGUUUAACUACAACUCCCAUGAUGCUUUGCGAGCCAUUAGAAUGGCAAUACAUCACGGAAAUUGUAGUUCUAAACAUUCUAAUCCUACUUCUGGGCAAUCAAUAAGGACAAUCUCCCUUUUGGGCAAUCCGGAUCUUUAGCAGAGAAUCUACAUUGUGACAGAUUUGCCAGUCUGUACGGGUACCUGUAUCUCUAAGGACUAGCACACUCCUGGGUAUAAUAUUUACUAUAUAUUAUCAUCAAAUCAGGGUUACUUGUUUGGGAAAAAUGGUGUAAAAUGAGGAAGUACAAAUCCCUGUUCUAACUAACCUUUGGAACUUGAGCUGCUGAGGGCUACGCUACCCAAUAUGUUAAACAAAAGCAAAAAUAAAAAGGGGUUUAUAACAGCAGCAAACCAUCACCACAAUGCUCUGAUCAGCUGUCCCUUUCACAAACUUCCUCUUCAGACGUUUCCAGAAGAAGAGUCUGUUUUCCAGGAUGAUGGUAACGUUUCUCAAGAUGACCAGGAAGAGAGACCACGAGUCUGGAGAUCUGCUCCCCCCUCACCUGUCAGGGAGAGAAGAGGUAACAAGAAAAUUCUUUAUUUUCCAAUUCGUAUUUCCAGGUUGCGUUGCGUGCCCAGGUCGCAUUCUGAUCCCAUUUUGCCUGAAGAUCUUGUAUAUUGACCUUAAUCUUACUUCUAAUACCAGCAAUGAUACAUUAUUAUGUUUUUGACUGUUAUAUAAUUUCAAAGUAGCAUGUGAACUUAUCUUUUGAGUCUGUAUGGCAGAUUGUGGCCCAAUCUUCUGUAUUGAAUUGUUUCUGCUGACACAUUACUCUUUUAAUAUUAGCCUUGGUUCUCUCUGAUUUCACAACUUCAAUUCUGAUUCUUUAAAAUGUACGGCAAUAGUCAUGUGACAAGAGUUGCCUGCAUUUGGACUGGUGGUUGAACCAAAAUGAUUUAUGUUAUCGCUAUUCCUACUCCAACCAGUAUCUUGGUCUAAGAGUUCCUCAGGUCAUUGCUGAACUCUCAUUCAGAAUUAAAUGAAUCAAUUGUCAUCUUGUAACAAGCCACAAUGAACCUCAAUUCUACCCUAAACAGUCGCUAGAACAGUAACCCAGAAUGCAUCUCUAUUUCAGAUUUGGACAAGUGAUGGGAUCUGAAUGCUCUCAUUGACUAUAAAGGACACUGUAGGCAGCCAGCCACUUUCUCUCAAUGAAGUGGUGUGAGUAAAGUGGCCCUGUCGGUUUAGUCCUCCAUGUUAAACAUUGAGGUUUUUCAGAUACGGCAAUGUAUACAUUGCACGACUAAACACACCUGUAGUGGCUGUCAUCCUGGUGCUUCCUCUUCUGGUGAACCUGCCAUACUUGGUUCUUCAUUCAAUGCUUCUCACAAAGAGCAUUUGAUUGGAGGAGAGUUGCGAAGCCUUGCAGGCACUUCUUGUCCACAAUGCAUCUCUGUAAGAAGAAGAUAUCAGUAAUAGUGAUAAGGUAAAGUCUCCGUGGCAGUGUCUCCGUGCUGGAUCAAGGUACGUAAAGAAUAUUAAAGGGAGAUUCCAGGCACAAAAACAACUGCAUGUAAUUGAACAACUUCAUCUAAACAGCUUCAUCUAAACCCCUAAGUUGCCUCUAGCUCUGGUCUCCACUCCUCUUCUGGCAGCUUUUGAAUUUUGAGAUUCAGGAAGCAGAGAGUGCCACUGGGCAGGGGUGCCACUGAUUGGUUGACAGUGGUCAGCUGAUGCUCUGAGGCAAAAAGUGACUCCCCAUUCACUAAACUUCUUUGCAAGCCAUUUUAGUGAAUUGGGAGUCGCUGAGCGCUCUCAACCAAUCAGUGGCGCCCCUGCCUGAGGGCAAUCCGCGCUUCCCGAAUCUCAGAAUUCAGAAGCUGGAAACCAUCAACAGAGGAGUGGAGACCAGUGCUUGAGGCAACUUAGGGGUUAAACCAUUUCAGAAUAGUUUAAAUCCUUGAAGCAAGAGUGCACCCAGGGGCCUCGUGGCAAGUUAUUCGGGUGCCUGGAGUGUCCCUUUAAGCUUGCAGUUGUUGACAAAAACUGGAUGAACAAAGGAACUUAUAUAUGAUUUCCAGGACUAUAGGCUCCUGUUAACCUUAGUCAUACUGGUGCUAUCUGCUUGUCCCAUAUGCCAAGUGUCCCAAGAAUUAUGUGUACAAGGAAAUGUACAUGUACAAUGAUAAAUCGCAGCUGGAGGUCUACUGGUUGGGGGGGAGCCAACGUCACUGCUGUACUCUUGCGCAUGUGGGAGACUACAGCAUUGAGGUCUCAGGAAGAUCCCAUGAGACCGCAGGAUCCUCCAUAGAUAGAUCCAAUUUCUCUGCAGCUGUCAAUGUUUCUCGCUUUUAUUAUCUAUCCUUACAUAGGACAGUUGCCCGUGUGUUUUGUUUAAAACUAUUUCUUCUUUUGCAUGCAGGUAUCUCCUCCUCUCUCCUUUCCCUCCAUACUGAAGAGUUCCUUGAACUCCUCUCAACUGCUCAGACACGGCGCCUAGAAGAACAGAGAGCAGAGUUACCCCCUCUGCGCCCGCGACACACCCGCCACUUCUCUUUCCCCAGCUACCGCCAGCUCUCCCUGCCCAGUGAUGAUAAAGGGAUUCUCUCAGAGCUACAACACCGAAGGGGCAGCUCUUGGGCUAUAAGAAGUCAGAAAAAGAAACCGCCAACAAUAAAGAUCCCAGCCCAGGAGAAGUUAUAUAAUACCAUUCUAGACCACCAGGUAAGAAAUGAUAAAGAACUGAUUGAACAAUAUAUGGUCCUCUUGUAUGAUAUUUUAUCUGAUAUUUAGAUCAUGGUUUCACAUGUAAUCAAUAUGAAUUAUUUCCUGUAAUUUAAAUGAUGAGGUAUGGGAUCAAUUCUUUGACUGCCUUCCAUUGACAUGACGCAUGGUGGCACAGGAGAAGGGUUCUUAUUAUUCAAUUCUAAUUCUUUCUGUGCAUGUAGCUUUGAGUGCUAGCACACCCUGCACUCCUGGGGAGAGGCAUUGAGGUCCCUCUAGUAUCUCUGCCAAGCCUGGCUGCUAGAUUAUUUAGUGAGCUAGGCAGGGACAUGGGUAUAACAUGAUCUGGGCCAAGGCCGUUGUUAUCCCGGCUUAGAGGUUAAAAUCUCCCCCGUCCUCACUCUGAAUAAAUGAACAGCUGGGAGCUGGGGCUGCUUCCUUCACAAGAGCUGAGAUCAGGCUGGCAGCUGAUAUGCUAUUGUGUGUUUCUUUCGGGCUGACUGGUUUUAUCCUUCCAGCAUUGUUGGUAGCAGAGGGGUGUAAUAAUAUGCAAGAUGUGGCCUGUUUGUGUAUAACAGAAGUUGGCUCUGUGCAAUGGAGACGAUUGUGUAAACCUUCACCUCAUUUUAAUGAUGAUACAUAUGCUAAUAUUUAAAUUACUUCUUUGGUUUUCCUUUAUAAAAUACAUAUGUGGGUACAGAAAAGCACUAGACACACAGACACAUAAAUAGAUAGACAUAUAGAUAGAUAGAUAGAUAGACAGACAGACAGAUAGAUAGAUAGACAGACAGGUAGAUAUAUAGACAGACAGACAGACAGACAGAUAGAUAGAUAGAUAGAUAGAUAGACAGACACAUAGUGAUAGAUAGAUAGAUAGAUAGACAGAUAGACAGAUAGAUAGAUAGAAGAUAGAUUGACAGACAGACAGACAGACAGACAGAGAGAUAGAUAGAUAGAUAGAUAGAUAGACACAUAGAUUGACUAAACUUGACCAAAACUGAAAUUCUGGUCUUUCCUCCCUCAAGUGUUGUUACUCCUGUGUCUGUCUGCCUCCAAGUCAACAGUGCUACCAUCAGCUCCAUCACGCAGGCUCGCUGCCUAGGUGUUCUCCGACCUCUCCUUCAAGCCUCAUGUUCAAUCUAUCGCCAAAUCCUGUCAUUUCCAUCUCAAAAACAAUGCGCUCAUCUGCCCCUACUUAACGCCAGAUGCGACUAAGGUGUUGGUCCAUUCCACUGUCCUCUCUCGGCUUGACUCCUGUAAUCCGCUUCUUAGUGGUCUUACGUGCUCCCAACUUGCGCCGUUACAGUCCAUAAUGAAUGCGGCGGCGAGGCUCAUCUUCCUGUCCGCCCGCACCUCCCAUGCCUCACCCUUCUGUAAGUCCCUACAUUAGCUUCCUAUAAAAUAUAGAGCUCAAUGUAAAAUUCUGGUUCUUGCUUUCAAAUCUCUAUAUAAUGCUGCUCCCACCUAUCUAUCUAUUUGACGGCGCUCUAUAAAUAUCAUAAUAAUGAUAGACAGAUAGAUAGAUAGACAGAUAGCUAGAUACAUAGACAGACAGAUAGAUAGACAGACAGACAGAUAGAUAGCUAGAUAGAUAGCUAGAUAGAUAGACAGACACAUAGUGAUAGAUAGACAGACAGAUAGAUAGAUAGAUAGACACAUAGAUAGAUAGAUAGACAGAUAGACACAUAGAUAGAGAGAGAGAGAGAGACAGACAGACAUAUAUAGAGAUAGAUAGAUAGAUAGACAGACACAUAGAGAUAGAUAGAUAAAUAGAUAGACCGAUAGAUAGAUAGAUAGAUAGAUAGAUAGACAGACACAUAGAGAUAGAUAGAUAGACAGACAGACACAUAGAUAGAUAGAUAGACACAUAGAUAGACAGAUAGAUAGAUAGACAGACAGAUACAUAGAUAAACACACAGACAUACACAUAGAUGCCAGACAGACACACAGACACAUAGACAGAAAGACAGAUAGACAAACAGACAGUCAGAUAGGUCGAUAGAUAGAUAAAAAAAAUUAAUUUAUGUAGUGCCAGCACAUUCCACAGCACUGCACAAUAGUAGGACCAACAAAUAAGUAGUAAGUAGUUGCAACAAGACGAGUUGGACGUGCAGGAUAUCUAGAUAGACAGACAGAUAGAUAGACAAGAUGUAUUUAUUAUUAUAAUAAAUACACCAGUCGUGCUAUGCAGACUUAGAAAUGGCAAAUUACAAAUUCAGAGAUCUGCAUUUAUUAAAUAAAGCACUAAUGCAAGAAGUUAACUACACUGAACAAAGUUAUAAACGCAACAUUUUUGUUUUUGCCCCUGUUUUUCAUGAGCUGAACUCAUGUACACAAAAGGCCUGUUUCUCUCAAAUAUUGUUCACAAAUCUGUCUAAAUCUGUGUUAGUGAGCACUUCUCCUUUGCCAAGAUAAUCCCCCCACCUCACAGCUGUGGCAAAUCGAAAUGCUGAUUAGACAGCAUGAUUAUUGCACAGGUGUGCCUUAGGCUGGCCACAAUAAUAGGCCACUCUAAAAUGUGCAGUUUUACUGUAUCAGCAGGGUCCGGGGGGGUCCACUCCUCUUCAAUGGCUGUGCGAAGUUGCUGGAUAUCGGCAGGACCUGGAAGACGCUGUCAUAUGCAAGAACUGGGAUGUUUUCAGCUUCCAGGAAUUGUGUACAGAUCCUUGCAACAUGGGGCUGUGCAUUAUCAUGCUGCAACAUGAGGUCGUAGAUGAAUGGCACAACAAUGGGCCUCAGGAUCUCGUCACGGUAUCUUUGUGCAUUCAAAAUGCCAUAAAUAAAAUGCACCUGUGUUCGUUGUCCAUAAAAUACGCCUGCCCAUACCAUAACCCCACCGCCACCAUGGGCCACUCGAUCCACAACGUUGACAUUAGCAAACCGCUCACCCACACAACGCCAUACACGCUGUCUGCCAUCUGCCCUGUACAGUGAAAACUGGGAUUCAUCCGUGAAGAGAACACCUCUCCAAAGUGCCAAACACCAUCGAAUGUGAGCAUUUGCCCACUCAAGUCGGUUACGACGCCGAACUGCAGUCAGGUCGAGACCCCGAUGAGGAUGACAAGCAUGCAGAUGAGCUUCCCUGAGACGGUUUCUGACAGUUUGUGCAGAAAUUCUUUGUUUAAGCAAACCGAUUGUUGCAGCAGCUGUCCGGGUGGCUGGUCUCAGACGAAGAUGAAGAUGCUGGAUGUGGAGGUCCAGGGCUGGUGUGGUUACACGUGGUCUGCGGUUGUGAGGCCGGUUGGAUGUACCGACAAAUUCUCUGAAACGCCUUUGGAGACGGCUUAUGGUAGAGAAAUGAACAGCUCUUCUUGUCAUUCCUGCAGUCAUCAUGCCAAUUGCACCCUCCAUCAAAACUUGCGACAUCAGUGGCAUUGUGCCGGGUAAUAAAACUGCACAUUUUAGAGUGGCAUUUUAAUGUGGCUAGCCUAAGGCACACCUUUUCAAUAAUCAUGUUUGAUAUGCCACACCUGUGAGGUGGAUGGAUUAUCUCAGCAAAGGAGAAGUGCUCACUAACACGGAUUUAGACAGAUUUGUGAACAAUUUUUGAGAAAAAUAGGCCUUUUGCGUACAUAGAAAAAGUCUUUGAGUUCAGCUCAUGAAAAAUGGGGGCUAAAACAAAAGUGUUGUGUUUAUAAUUUUUGUUCAGUGUAAAUAAAAAUCAACAAAGUUAAGUAUCAAUAGCUCACUUAGGACAGCGAUAUACAGUGUGUCCCUACAGGAAUUAUUGUGCUAACAGAUCCAGGUGCGCUAUUGUUUAUAACAAAGCAGUGAGAUAUGAACGGCAUUUGUUUUGUAAGCACAAUGUAAACACACGCUAACUAUAAAGGAAAUAAAAGUGGAGUUACAUUUUAACAACACUGCAACACUGUUUGAGCUCUCUACAUUCUUCGAUCUAAAGCUCAAUAGGUAACCGAAAACGAUAACUUCCGUUUAAGUUUUUUUUUCUCUGCUUGUUUUGGCCAUUAACUUCCUACAGUGAGAUUCCACUUGGUUUUAUUUGUUGCAGGCUCAGAGGAUGGAAGACCAGCGCUGUUCACCACCUCUUCCAUCGUCUGCUGCAGAUUUAUUUGAGAUCCUCUUCCGUGUCCAGGGAAAUCGCAUGGAUGAGCAAAGAGUGGAGUUUCCUUCCCCACUGGAGAACGCUUGCUCAUAAAGCAAGACUGGCCAAGCAUUUAUCUUUUUUCUCUCUUCUAAUGUUUGUGAAUGCAUCAUUUAUGGAGUUCCAAUUCUCCAACUUGCAAACUAUGGGGACCCAUAAUGAUUAAAGAACUCACUAUAUUUAGCUUUUUCCUAACCCACCAUUUUCCAAGGUGGAGAGAGAUAUGAAAUGGACAACAUUCAAUAAACCAAGCAUGGAAAUAGAAGGAGAAAAAAAACUUUUCUUCUAACACUGGAGACCCUCAAAUGUCAUAAACAAUGAAAUUAAGGAUGUUUUGUUAAAUUUUCUAGCUUGUGUUAGCUAAAACCAAUGAAAUAAGGCAAAACAGUGGUUUUGUCUUUUCUCAACUUCCACUUCCUGUCAGAGCAUCAAGGCUCAUCCAUAGAGACAAAGUAGGUAGAUUCUUAUAGAGACAAGUUAUUGUGGGACCAAAGUCAAGGCCAGUCCUGUGUACACCAUUUUUAAUGAGAGCCAUGGAGUGUGCAAUAAGGAAUGGCUAUGGGGAGGGGGGUGUUCCAAGGGGGGAAGGGGUGGUGUGCGACAGAAAUAUCAGUUCUAGCAAGAGUGCAAUAGACCUAGCCUUGUCUCAUCAGAAAUACAAGCUUGGGCGAGUUGGCAUAGGUCACUACGUGUUUACUAAUUCUAAAACAUUGAACAUUUAUUCCACAAAUAGAAAAGCAGUUUAGUUUACAGUGUGGCCAUUUUAGAUUUCCAUAAACUGCACUGUUGAUGAUAAAUUGUGUUUGGUUAGCUGAAGUAAUCAUUAUUGUAAAUUGCAGAACUGUAUAUGGCACAUGGGUCUGGUAGCAUCAUGUAGGAUCUCCCAUGAAAGGAUGAUUUGCAAACGAUGGAGAGUUGCAGGCAGGGCUGUUUGAAGGAAUUUGGGGGCACCAAGCAAAAUAGACAUGGAGGCCCCCUCGAGCCCCCCCGCCUGCAAUGCAAAAGCCUACAGGAAUCACAGCAUAGCCAUACAGUUUAAGGUCACCCACACGUUUACAGUGCAAAUACUGCUGUUGCAUAUACUGUGCAUAAAUAAAAAAUGUUUACAGUGCAAAUACUGCUGUUGCAUAUAAUGUGCAUAAAAUGUGAACAUUUUCAACAAUUGAACAUUUGCAAAAAACAUCACUGUACCAUAAAAUAAAAUAUACAUUAAAAAAUAACUAAAUCCAACAUACUUAAAACACACACACACUAACAGACACACACUAACAGACAAACACACUCACACUAACAGACACACACACACUCACUCACUAACAGACACACACUCACUCACUAACAGACCCACACACACACACACACUAACAGACAAACACAAUGCUGGGGGGGGGGGGUUCUCCCUCUCCCUGGGGUCUAGUGGGGCUACUGGGUGGUUGGUCGGGUGGUGCUGGUGAGGGAGCUGAGCAGAGCGCUCAGGGGAAAGUGCUCCCUCGCCAGUGCCACCCGACCGGAUUGAAGACAUUUGCCCUGGGCAUUUGGGGUGGCUUUUUUUGCUGCCCCCUAGAAAGUGCUGCCCAAGGCAAAUGCCUUGUUUGCCUUGCGGCUAAUACAUCCCUGGUCGUUGUCUUGGGGCCCCAAGCAAUUGCUUGGUUUGCUUGCCUUGUCGCGACGGGCCUGAUUGCAGCAUUCUGUUGCAAUAAACAGGUUAUCCUAGCAGAUCCAUGUCCGGAUUAAAGUCUGCUGAGACUUUGCCCAGAAGAACUUGUUAUUGUCCCUAUGAUAAGCAAAUUAAAGAUAAGCAAAUUUGCUGAGUAGCUAUAAUUCAGUGGCCAUUUUGUUGCCAAUUUGAGUCCAGCCUUAGUUCUAUAGCAAAACAGUAAGUAAUAUGUUGUGGGAGUGUUAGCGGUAGGCAUUGAUUUGUAGUAAGUUGAGGAAUGAUUUGCAUAAUAUAGGGCUGAAUAGCUAUUUAGAAAACAAAAAGGCUAACAGUCUUCACGCUGUUGCCAAAAAUAAAUGGAGACUAUGCUCAAUCGUGAAAUACAUUAUAAUUAGAGAAUGACGGCUUUGUAACUGCUUUUAAUUCUAAGCUUGCAAACCUUGGUCCAUAAGGUAAAAGCAGUGAAAAGAGUCACAAUCAGGGUCUUAAUACAUCAACUCAAAGCAUUACCACUGGCAGAUAGCUAUGUUUUGUUGUUUUUGAUUUUUUGCUUGUACUGUGUUAGAAUAUGUUUCCUAAUAGAUGAAAGGCUGUACAGGUGGAUCUUUAAAAUAAAUGAAAUUGUCCUGUUGGGCAAUGCAGUCUAAAAGUUACCUUAAAGGACAGCUGUCAUCACAUCUUCACCUAUUUAAAAAGACAAACAAAAACAAAAUGAUGUAUACUGUUUUUUUGUUUUUCAUUUUUGAUAAAAUCUUACUUUCUUUAUCUGGCUGAGCAGCCAUGUUGGUUUAGACUCUACUGCUAUUUGACCGACCGCUGCUCAGCCUAACGUGGCUGAUGCUGUGAUUUGAUUUCUCUAUGUGAAACUGCGAGCCGUUUAGAUUGAGCAGCAGUUAGAUAACACCAGUGUCUACUAAGCCAGAUAAAAACAAUCAUUAUACAAAAUAUCAUUACAUUUCAUUAAAUAUAAUAAACUUUUAAAACACAAGUGAAAAUGUGGUGUCAGUUUCCCUUUAACAAGCUGCAAUAACCCAAUUGGGCAGUAGAGGGUGCUGUAUUACUGUGGCAUAUACAUUUUACCAGCAUUAAUGGUACAAUAAAUUAAAUUGCAAGUUAAGUCCACAGUCGUAAAUCAGAGGUAACUAUUUCAACAAACCUUUGACUAUUUACAAUAAAGACAUAGUUUGCUUAAAUAAAGAAAGGUCCUACUCACGCUGAUAGAAAUAUAGAAACGUAUUUAUAACUUCAAAAUGUAUUUAAUUACAUUCUAGAAAAUGUUUCUCAUCUGUGCUGGUCUUAUUUGCCACUAAAAAUAUAAUAUCAGAAUAGAUAAAUUCAGCACCCCCCAAAAGAAAGCGAGGGUUGGAUAUAAUGGUCCCCAGAAUACCCCAAAAUGCAUUGCUGAGCCACUACCAGAUUGUAUUAUAGGAAACAGUGUAAUAAAUAAUCAUAGUGUGCCAUAUUAAGCCAAUGAUAAGCCAAUUGUACCUCUGCCCUCCAUUUGAAUCCCUACCUGCACUUUUUAAUUAUUUUUUUAGCCGUUUCUUGGAGAGUAACAUUUCUAGUCUUGUUAGGUCUUCCAGGGUAUGAGAAAAAUGUUAAACAUGAAUCUGUGAAUAUUUUAGGAUGCUUGCUAUUGUGAACAUGUGUCGGGGGUGCAUUUUCCCUUAACAAUUAACUAUCUGUAAAUAAUGAAACCAAUGGUAAGGUAUGUUUUUAGAUUAUGCUUUGACUUUUGUUUAAACCGUUAGUGUCAAUGCAAUAGUAAACUCAUUGGCAAUCAUGAAGGCUUUCUCACUUCCUUCUACAAAAAUUGUGUUGGGAACUUGUUAAGCAUCGUUUGGCUAUAAAUAAAGAACAUUAUGCCAUCUUGUCUCAAAACAUUUUGGCUUUUAUUGCACAAAAUAACAAUCGUGAUGUAUGUUUUUAUGUAUGUUUUUUUUUUUUUUUAAUCCAAUCACUUAUUAGCUAAUAUAUGCUUUUAAUCAUUGCUGAGACAACAUCCCCCCCCCAAAAAAAAGAAAUUGAAGGGGAAAACGCAAC